AUGUCGGAGCGGGCCGCGGAUGACGUCAGGGGGGAGCCGCGCCGAACGGCGGCGGCGGCGGCGGGCGGAGCAGCGGCCGCGGCCGCCCGGCAGCAGCAGCAGCAGCCUUCGCAGCCCCAGCGGCAGCCGCCGCCGCCGCGGCGCCUACGGCCGGAGGACAGUGGCCCUGGCGCCGCCUCCACCUCGGCCGCCGCCGCAAUGGCGACCGUCGGGGAACGCCGGCCCCUGCCGAGUCCCGAAGCGAUGCUGGGACAGUCGUGGAAUCUGUGGGUCGAAGCUUCCAAACUUCCUGGGAAGGACGGGACGGAAUUGGACGAAAGUUUCAAGGAGUUUGGGAAAAACCGCGAAGUCAUGGGGCUCUGUCGCGAAGACAUGCCAAUAUUUGGUCUCUGUCCAGCCCACGAUGAUUUCUACUUGGUGGUGUGUAACGACUGUAAUCAGGUUGUCAAACCACAGGCAUUUCAAUCACAUUAUGAAAGAAGACAUAGCUCAUCCAGCAAGCCUUCUUUGGCCGUUCCUCCCACUUCAGUAUUUUCCUUCUUCCCUUCUCUGUCCAAAAGCAGAGGAGGUGGUGGAAGUGGAAGCAGCCGUUCUUCCAGCGGAGGUGUUCUGAGCACGUCCUCAUUAAGUUCCAAGUUGUUGAAAUCGCCCAAAGAGAAACUGCAGCUCAGGGGGAACAGGCCAAUGCAUCCCAUCCAGCAAAAUCGAGUCCCCCAUGGUAGAAUCAUGACGCCCUCUGUCAAGGUGGAAAAGAUUCAUCCGAAGAUGGACGGCACACUACUGAAACCCACGGCGGGGCCCCACUGUCCCGCUCCUGUGAGCUCCUCAGUCAAGCCUGGCCUUAACUGCCCCUCAAUACCAAAGCCAACCUUGCCUUCACCUGGACACAUUCUGAAUGGCAAAGGGCUUCCUGCACCGCCUGUUCUGGAAAAGAAGUCAGAAGAUUGCUCCAAUAACAGGAAGUUUUUAAAUAAGAGAUUAUCAGAAAGAGAGUUUGAUCCUGACAUCCACUGUGGGGUCAUCGAUCUCGACACCAAGAAGCCCUGCACCCGGUCUUUGACGUGCAAGACACAUUCCUUAACCCAGCGGAGGGCUGUCCAGGGUAGAAGAAAACGAUUCGACGUGUUGUUAGCCGAGCACAAAAACAAAACCAGGGAAAAGGAAUCGAUUCGCCAUCCGGACUCUCAGCAACCAGCGCAGCCUCUCAGGGACCCACAUCCCACCCUUCCUAGAACGUCACAGGAGCCACACCAAAACUCUCACGGAGUGAUUCCCUCCGAAUCAAAGCCUUUCAUAGCUAGUAAACCUAAACCUCACACCCCCAGUCUUCCAAGGCCUCCAGGCUGCCCUGCUCAGCAAGGUGGGAGUGCCCCCAUUGACCCUCCUCCAGUCCAUGAGUCUCCACACCCUCCCCUGCCUGCCACUGAGCCAGCUUCUCGGUUAUCCAGUGAGGAGGGAGAAGGCGAUGACAAAGAAGAGUCUGUUGAAAAACUGGACUGUCAUUAUUCAGGUCAUCAUCCUCAGCCAGCAUCUUUUUGCACAUUCGGGAGCCGGCAGAUUGGAAGAGGCUAUUACGUGUUUGACUCCAGGUGGAACCGGCUUCGCUGCGCCCUCAACCUCAUGGUGGAGAAGCAUCUGAACGCGCAGCUCUGGAAGAAGAUCCCACCCGUUCCCAGUACCACAUCGCCUGUGUCCACACGUGUUCCUCACCGGACAAACUCUGUGCCGACGUCACACUGUGGGGUCAGCUACCUGGCAGCAGCCACCGUGUCACCUGCCCCCGCCCCGCUCUCGUCCACCUGCAUCUCCCCCAGCAGUAAGUCGGUCCCAGCUCACGGAACCACGCUGAAUGCCCAGCCUGCCGCCUCCGGGGCCGUGGACCCUGUGAGCAGCAUGCAGUCCAGACAAGUGUCUUCCUCCUCCUCCUCCCCCUCCACGCCCUCCGGCCUGUCCUCCGUCCCCUCCUCCCCCAUGGCCCGGAAACCUCAGAAGCUGAAAUCCAGCAAGUCUUUGCGGCCCAAGGAGUCUUCUGGUAACAGCACGAACUGUCACAACGCCAGUAGCAGUGCCGGCGGCGGCUCAGGAAAGAAACGCAAAAACAGCUCCCCACUGUUGGUUCCCUCAUCCGCCUCCUCGUCGUCCUCAUCCUCUUCUUCUCAUUCCAUGGAGUCUUUUAGGAAAAACUGUGUGGCUCACUCUGGACCUCCCCACCCCGCAGCAGUAGCCUCUGCCCCGGGCAUCAGCCUCAACUGCGUGGCCAGCCGAGCGAACUCAGUGGGUGGCCGGCACGAGCAGCCAGGGUGCCGGGGCACCCCCAGCGGGAGCCCCUGCGAGUCCAUCAAGAGGAUGAGCGUGAUGGUCAACAGCGGCGAUUCCACACUCUCCCUCGGCCCCUUCGUGCACCAGGCCGGCAACGAGCUUCCUGUCAACUCCCACGGCGCCUACCCGCACUCACACACUCCUCUGGACAAACUCCUAGGAAAGAAAAGAAAGUGCUCACCCGGCUCAAGCGGUGUCAACAGCAGCGGUGGCAGCGGCAAGCCCACCAAGGUGGCCAAACUGCCAGCCGUGAACAACGUCCACGCAAAACACACGGGCCCCAGCCCGGGGGCACCGGGGCUGACGAACAGUUCCCUCCUCCAUCAGAAUCAAGGCAGGGCUGGGACAGCCGCUUUCUUACCUUUCGAUGUCUCCCCACCCCCCUCUUUUUUGAAAGCCAAAGGCCCGUCCCUGACAGCUGGAAAUAGCACGGGGAGGAAUAAUGUGGACACUUUUGACGACAAGUUACACCUCCACUCAGCACUCUGGAUUCCACGACACCUUUGA